GGAUGGAUUUGCCGGUUCAAACUCAACAGCUCAUUCUCAAAUCACCAGCGCCAUGGUCCACUUCUUCGGCGGCCACGUCUCGGCGGCCAAGCCGCUGCUCGUCCACGUCCCCGAGGGCAUGGUGCUGACGGUCGUCUCGGCCACGCUCAGCACCGGCGCCUCCGCGGUCCUCUCGGUCGAGACCACCGGCCUCGACAACAACCUCGUCAAGGUCGCGCUCUGCACGCUGCGGGCCAAGACGACCGACCAGGUCAAGCUCGACGUGGUCUUUGGCGCAACCAAGACCAAGCUCAGCGUCGUCGGUGAAGGCAUCGUGCAUCUCGCCGGCUACUACCAGCCCGGCCCUCCCGAAGAAUCGGUCGGCGACCACGCCGAGGCCAUCAACAAGCUCACGGUCGACGACCUCCAGGAGCUCAUCCAGAAGGCCGCCGCCCGCAUCGCGCUCAACGACGAGUCGCAUGUCUCGAAGAAGCGUCCGCGUCAAGCCGAGGAACCCUCCGCCCAGGACGACGACGACGACGCCUCGGACGCCGAGACGACGCCGACCAAGAAGCAGUCGCCGAUCAAGCCUGUGGUGGCUGCCACGCCCGAGCCCAAGACCAACGGCGAUGCGUUCAAGCUCAAGAAGAAGAAGCACAAGAACAAGAAGAAGUUUGUGCUGUCGACGCCCAACUAAGCUCUUAUCAACCCACCUUAUUUACUAUUUUACAGCA